ACAAAAGCUGAGGUACCAGUAGAUGGCACUAUAAGCGGUCACAAAAAUGACUUCUGCAACGCUUAUUUGAUGUAUUUUAAUUUUCGCGAAUCUAAUAUUAUUGACUUACUGAGCAUCCCCUCCUGCAAUAUGAAGACAUAAUUAAGAAUUACAAUUAAGAGUAAUGGUAAUGUGUAGGAUUCCAUUUCAACAGCGUCCCUACCUGUGAAGGCGUGCAGCAGGCUGGCAGCGGCAGAGGUUGUUCCUCACAAGGCAGUGGCACCUUCGAAAAGAACCUCCUGGCACUGAGUGUCCUGCGUGUUUGUGAGGGUGUCUCAUCGUACAUGGAUUAAAACAAAACAAAAUCAUGCAAACUGAGAGCGCCAAAAUGGUUCCAGAAAAAGUCAGGCACCUUAGACCUCUGUCGUUGUACUCCAGGAUGAACAUGCCUAAAGGGAACCCGGACAGUUUCCCUGAGCCGUUCAUUAAUCAUAAAUUUGAAAUUGUCACCAGUGGUGCGACGAAGCGUAAAUUAGCUGAUUGCCAUCAGGAGAACGAUGAGAAUCUGGCAAAGAAACCAUUUCAACCUUCGCUGUUGCUCUGCAGCCCUGCGCCGACACAAUACUCCCCUCUUGUCUUAUCCCGGGCCGCGUUGUCAGCCAAAGCACCAUCUGUCGAAGUCCAGGCCAAUGUGGCAUGCGAGUUGACCCCGAAACCAUGUGGGCACGAGGAGGUGGAUCCUUGUGUGUUGAAGUGUGUGAUCUCAGGACAUCAACCUGCCUUUGACGCUGAUGUCGAUAAGCUCUUGUCCCUUGAUCCAUCUGACAUUAACGGUAAUGUAAAAUACGAGGAUGAGGAUAAAGGAUAUUUAUCCAUGUACCUGCAGCCCCCGCCUACCUGCAGCCCGGAUAAUCUUGCCUCUGAACCUCUGGGGCCAACUCAGGUUUCAGGAUGUAGCGUCCCUCUCACGAUGAACCAUCAAGACCUCGCUGUAGGCGGGUUGUCCAUGCGAUCGCCCGUAGAACUUUUGGGCGACUCUGUGCAAGGGGAGUGGAAUAUCGGCUCCCCCAUUCUAGAAUCCUCUGUGUGUGUGAAGGUGGGGGAUUGUAGUGUGAGCCAAGUAGGUGAGGAGGCGCCGCCAAAUGAGACAGAAUCCCUCCUUGAGUGCAGUGCGCUUGAUUCGGACACUAGUUUGAAAGUCCAGGUCAAAUCAGUGGUGCAGAUUCCCAGUAAGCCCACAUCCAGCAGUACACCAGAUGCACCUUUCCAAAAGAAGUCCAACUCAAAAAACAGUGGCAGGCCAGUUGUCUUUAAAACUGCAGAGGAUUGGAAGCGAGAGAAAGAGAAAUAUGUCCAGUUAGUCUUUAAACACAUCCAUGAGGGUUCAGGUGCUCCUCAAGGUAAGAACCAUGACCCCCCCCCCCCAGUAAAUGACUGUACUGUUCAAACAUGCUGGUGUAUUUGCCAAGAUGCUGUUGGAGAAUUGCGCAGUUUGAUGGCACAUGUCGGCCAUGAUGCUUCCGGAAGAUCAUGGCAGCAUCCAUGUGACCUAACAUGCAGGAACUACCAAGCACGUUUGGGGAGAGCUGUGCCCAAAAUGACCCUUCGCGAGUGGCAGGCCAAGAACUCCCACAUGCACAAGCGCUUUAACAAGACGCCGAAAAUAUUUCAAAGAAGUCCCGUUUUCUAACCAAGCCCUUUUAUUGUUCAAGUUAUGACAGUUGUUGUCUUUGCACUUUUAUGGUUGCACUAUUUUUGUAUGUAUUGUAGCCUAUGUAAACUUGUGCCGUUUAUUGUCGUGUUGGAGCACUUUAUUAUCAUGCAUGUUUGCGAAUAAAGCCAUUUUUCACAGGUUAGGUAUUUUUUAUAAUACAGUCUGUUUAAACCUAAGUGAAACCCACAAAUUGCCUUUGCUUCCAUACAUUUUAUUUGUUAAACAAGAUCACUUGUUCAUCAUGUUGGGACCUUCAGCUAUUUUUAAUAAUUUCUGAAUAAAAGUACAGUGAAGUGGAUUCGUUUGUUCUGAUUAAACCAGUGUUUUUUCACUUUU